UCUCUUAGUUUUAUUCCUCCUUGGACUGUCUCAGGCAAUCAAACAAUGUAUGAAGGUCGACACUAUUGAUGAAAGCCCAACGUUUUUCAACUGCCAUCAACCCAUUUUUCUGAAUCUGUUGCCCAAAACUUCCGAGAACGUCCUUAUAGACAACAUCUGUAUAACGUACUUUCCACUUCCAGACGAGCCAAAUGCUAAUACACUUUAUGUGUCGAGGGUAUUCUGUGACGGUUCCAAUGACGUUACCACAUAUGUACAGGGACCGGUUUCGAAAGGGGUGAACCGGAAAGCAAAUCCAUUCCAGAUAGUGCAAGAUCACAUUGUUGCAUAUGCAGGCUGUGACACAAAUGUUGUAUAUCGUUGCUCAGCGUUUGGAGAGCCGUUUGAUCCAUAUGUGUUCGGUGCCUCCUCUAACUGCGCCCCCCUCGGUCUCUCAUGCCUGAGGAAGAUCGAGGAGAUUAUCAAGGACAAGAACCUACCUGACCAGGACUUCUACGUUUUGCCCAUGAAGCUACCAAACCGUUGUGUCACACAACAGCUGUGUUCACUGCCGCCAAACCCUUUCUACAACAAGCUCGGGCCUUAUGGCGGAGCGUAUCUCGCUUAGAAGUGUUUUGAAGGAAAAUUUAAUUUAGCCUGUUUAUAUUCCAAGAGAUGGAUUUGUGCAACAAACCUCCACCAGUACUGUCCCGUGGUCAAGAACAUGAUCAAUUCCAAGUCAAAGUCCGACAGUCUACUUUGGGUACUUAUGUGUUAUAU